UAGCGAAAAUACUAAAAUUUGCAAUCGCUAUCGAUAGUACCGAUGACUGUUUUGCAGAUCUAGUAGUCGCUGAGAUUUUUUGGGGGAGGUGCGGAAACGCUUCUACGACUUCUUUCACACAAUUUUUGCAACCCACGCAGACAUCAACAAUAAGCAAACGAACGAACUUAAAAAAAAAAAAACAAAACAACGACCCGGAGAUAAGAAAACAGAACUUUUAAGCCAACAAUAAUAGCCACUAAUCGAAACUGGGCUAAGAUAGAAAAAAGUGAAAACAGGGGCAACAUGGCGCACACACAGCUGGGUAGGGCGGUGAAAAACAUUGAGACGCCGCGUCCGCUGAAGACACAAUCGCGCUCAUCACUGAAGAACAGCUACCUUGUAAUUGAGGAGUUGAUACAGUUGAUUGACAAUGUUACUGUAGGUCUGCAGUCGUGCAAUGCGACAACCGAAUCGAUAACAUUGCUGUUGCAUAAUUUGCGUGUCCAUGGGCCGCAGCUGGAGGCCGUGUCCAAGGAUACGCUGGAUCGUGCAUUCGUUGUGUUUCGCAAUGCUUCGCUGGACGAACGUCUGAACAUAAUGACACGGCUCAAGCUGCUCGAACUGAUUGAAUUACGCGCCAAUAGCUGGGAAGACAAAGACACAAUUGCCUACUACAAGUCCAAGCAGCAAGUGUCCAGUAUUGAGUUACCCGCUGAAACAUAUCAGCACGAUGCUGCAGGCGUCGUAGGCAACCAGCAAGCCUUUCUCAGCACCUCCCCCACAUUUGGCGGCACCGGCGGCGGCGGCAGCAGCAUGGGUGCACUUGUUGGCGUCGACUCGGCUGCUGCUGCGGCCUUCAAUGCGGCAACACUUGCUGCCGCUCAGGCAGCGGCGAUUGCUGCGGUCGGCUCACCCAAUCAGCAGCAUCUGUUGUUGCCACCUGGUGCAGUCAUACGUAAUUCGGGUAAAUUUCCCAAGCCCACUAAGAUACCAGGAAAAACCUAUUGCAAGGAUGAGGUGGUCAUACGGAACGCCGAUUCGGGCAAGGUUAUGGGCAUUAAGGGCCGACGUGUACACAUGAUCGAGGAACUUAGCGAAACUAUAAUAUCUUUUCAACGAGUCAACCCCGGCGCGAAGGAACGAUUGGUGCAGAUUACCGGACCCGCAGAAGAUAAAAUUAAUUACGCAAAGCAAUUGAUGGAGGAUACCAUACGUCGUAAUGCUUCACCGGUACGCCUAGAGCCAGCACCAUCAGCCGGUGGUGCAGGCGGCUCCUGUUCGUCGUUGAACUCUUCCAAUUCGGAUGAUGCCGUCGCCGUGCAACCGCGCACGCCUAGCGGUAGCAGUAGCCUGGCCAACCGAUUGAGCUUCAAUUCGGCACAGAAUUUCAUGACUGCCACAGCUGCGGCGCACCAAAUGUCGCAGCACCAUCAGCAGCAGCAACAACAGCAUCAGGGACAACAUCAUCACCACCAUCAGCAGCAGGUUGCCAAUGCGGCUGCGGCGGCAACAGCUGCUGCCGGUAAAGUUAUACGUCCCAAUCAGCAGCUGCUAAUGCAUUCAUAUUCCACAAACGAUGCUUCCGUAGGUGAAUACAAAUUCACGGUCAAUGUGGGCCAACAUCUCAUCAAGAUCACAGGCGACUGCUGCGAGUUAGUGCGUGUGGCCAAACUCGUCUUGGAUGAUUACUUUAGCAGUUCCGAGUUCUUGGCCUCAAUGGAGGCUGGCGCAGCUUUCGAUGGCACCUCAAUGGUCAGUCCAGUUACAACGCCUUCUACUCCUUUGCCCGGCUCAGGACCACCGCAGUUUAUGUUGGGCAACGCGCUGCCGCUGGCCGAUAGUGGCAUUGGACUGAACUAUGCAGCUGGGCAGGGCAACAAUAAUGGUGAUGGCGAUGAUGAGGUAUUUGUAGAUUCUGCUGCAUCCAAUGGUGGCAGCAGUCAGAAUGGUUUGGCACGCUCGCGACGCAGUCAUUUCUCACGCAAGGAGUCAACGCCGGAAACAAAAGCAGCACGCGAAAAGGUUGAAGAAGACAACGGGGUCAAUCGGUUAAAGACGAAUACUUCACGCGUCUCGUAUGAUAUUGAACAUUUGAUGUACUAUUCGAAAAGUCCCCAUGCCUGGGCUUUGCCAAUUGAGUGGGUUAAGAUGAUGGAAACUGUGCCGUCGAUACUUCGCAAUAAGUAUCAACAGCCAGUAACGGAGUGCCAGCAAUCAAUCAAGAAUCCAUUAAUGAAUGUGACCCCAUCAAUAUUCACCAAAAUGCUAGCAAUCAAAACAUUGUAAUUAACAAGCAAACGCAAGCAAAGCUUCUAACUGUAAUGCUCGAUAGCACAAGCGAACGCAAGCAAAUAUUAUACGAACGAGACGGUAGUCACAACAAUCGCAAGCCAUCCUCAGAAUCAGAUCGAAAAUUAUAUAACAAACAAUUGCAAAUUAUAACGAACACAAUGGGUGCAGCUGCCACAGCUGGCAAAUGUCGCAGCCAGCCACAGCCGCAACCAAAUCACCAGAACUCGCAGAUCAAGACUAUAUUUCAGCGCUAUAGCGAGAACGACGAGUUCUCACUAGCCAUGUGUGAUGUGUACUCCAGCGAGGAGCUGAACAACAAUCGUGCGCUAAUCUAAAUCGCUCUUCUAUGCAUCAAAGAAAUAAAUCUCAUGACAUAGCUAUUUAUAUUAUAGCUUUUUUGUAACCCCAGCAGACGCUAAAUAGCUUAUAAAAUUUGACUCGAAAAAAAAGAACAGAUAGAACUUAAUACGAUCGAAUAACAAACCACAACAAUGAUAUAUACUCAGUAUUAUUAUAUUUAAUGAGCAACGCAACAAUUUGCUAGUCUUAGGCUCUAUACACAUUUUGUUGAAUACAUUUAUUUAAACAAAAACAUUUAAAAAUGAAAAAACAAUUAAUUUUGUAACUUUGAAAGGAAUCUGUGUUUUGGCUGUGAAACAGAUUUAGUGUUCGCUAGAGUUAUAUAUACAAUAUAUAUAUUUAAAGUUGCCGGUCAACGCUUAGUAUCGCCCGGAGACAAUCCCAUAUUAACACCAACUCGCGCACACACACACAUAUAUAUACAUACACAUUGUAAUUAAUGUUUAACAAGACUAAUAACAACUGCAAUUGCAAAACUUAGCCUUAACUGUAACAUAACUUAGAUUUAAGCGUUUUUUCAAAGCAUAACCCAUUUCAAAUUUAUACACAUAUUUAUAUAUAUGUGUAUAUAUGUAUAUAUACAUACAUGCAUAUAUGUAAAAUAAAAAUGACUUGCAAAGUCGCAGCGCUUGGCCUUAUCUA